CAACCCCGCAUAAGACGCAACCUAACCCUAUUCUUAAGCAUCUUUGUUGUUUUUCCAAAAUAAAUCUAUAUAAUAAAUAUGCUAAUCCGUUUUUAUUUAUUAUAAUAUCACAAUGAGUUUUACAAGUGACGAAGUAAAUUUUCUCGUUUACCGGUACCUCCAAGAAUCGGGCUUUCAACACUCUGCGUAUACUUUUGGUAUUGAAUCCCAUAUUUCUCAAUCGAACAUAAAUGGGGCUUUGGUUCCGCCGGCGGCGUUACUGAAUAUUAUACAGAAAGGGCUUCAGUACACAGAAGCUGAAAUAAGUAUAGGGGAAGAUGGAACGGAGCAUCGUGUUGUAGAAAGUUUGAGUCUUAUUGAUGCUGUUAUGCCUGACGUUGUAGCUAGUAGACAAAAUCAACAGAAUCAACAAAAACAAGCCAGUCAAACGGAUGGCGCUGACACAAAUGGCGAAGAAGUUGUUUCCACGCAGAGUGAAAAUAUGGAAGUUGAUACUUCAAUUGAAAUCCCACCAUCGAAAGCAACCGUUUUAAGAGGACAUGAAUCGGAAGUGUUUAUUUGCGCUUGGAAUCCAACAACGGAUUUAUUAGCAAGCGGAUCAGGAGAUAGCACGGCGAGGAUAUGGGAUAUGUCGGAUAACACGGCAAGCCCUAACCAGUUAGUUUUAAGACAUUGUAUUCAAAAAGGUGGCGCUGAAGUACCUAGUAAUAAAGAUGUAACUUCGUUGGAUUGGAAUUGUGAUGGAAGUUUAUUGGCGACGGGAAGUUACGAUGGUUAUGCUCGAAUAUGGACUACUGAUGGAAGACUUGCGAGUACAUUAGGGCAACAUAAAGGACCAAUUUUUGCGUUGAAAUGGAAUAAAAGGGGGAAUUACAUAUUAUCAGCCGGAGUUGAUAAGACAACCAUAAUAUGGGAUGCAGCAAGUGGACAAUGUACUCAACAAUUCAGCUAUCAUUCAGCCCCCGCUUUAGAUGUUGAUUGGCAAACAAAUAAUUCCUUUGCAAGUUGUUCCACGGAUCAAUGUAUACAUGUUUGCAAAUUAAGUAUGGAUAAACCGAUUAAAUCAUUCCAAGGACAUACAAAUGAAGUUAAUGCAAUUAAAUGGGAUCCUCAAGGAAUAUUAUUAGCUAGUUGUUCUGAUGAUAUGACAUUAAAAAUUUGGUCAAUGAAACAAGAUACUUGCGUCCACGAUCUACAAGCUCAUUCGAAAGAGAUUUAUACAAUAAAAUGGAGCCCAACUGGGCCUGGAACACAAAAUCCCAAUAUGAAUUUGAUAUUAGCAUCGGCCAGUUUUGAUUCAACAGUUCGAUUAUGGGAUGUAGAACGAGGGGCUUGUAUACAUACCUUAACAAAACACACUGAACCUGUGUAUUCGGUAGCUUUUAGUCCUGAUGGAAAAUAUUUAGCAAGUGGUAGCUUCGAUAAAUGCGUUCAUAUUUGGUCGACGCAAUCGGGGCAAUUAGUACAUAGUUAUAAAGGGACAGGAGGAAUUUUUGAGGUGUGUUGGAACUCUCGCGGGGAUAAAGUAGGAGCAAGUGCUUCUGAUGGAAGUGUUUUUGUAUUAGAUUUACGUAAAUUGUAGUUUUUUUUAUUCAUUUGUGGAGAAUUUUUUUUUUUAAGUACUAA